AUGGCGACCAGUGCCGACUGGAAGUCACAUAUUCACUGUCAACUUCAUCGUCGCAAUCGUAAACAAAUUGAUCCUUUCAUUAGUCUCAUUCAGACAAAUAACCGGCUUCAGGAGAUAACCAGUCAGCUACAUUUGAAGAAUGUUCACCUGCAGGUGGAGGUUGAGAGGCUCAAGGAAGAGAACAACCAUCAGAUACGAGGAGAUGGAUUAGGAGGAAAUAAUGCCAGCACACACGCACUGGAACAGAAGCUGUUCAAAUUACAGGAGGAACUUACAGAAAUGCACAAAAAGAGAGGAGAGAAUUCACAGCAGAUAAUUGAUCUAAAUGCUUUGUUACAAGAAAAGGAGAAAGAAAUUCAACAUAAAGAUGCCAUGAUUUCUGAUACAGUCACCACAAAUAUAGCCUUGAAACAAGCCAAGAAAAAUCUAGAGAUGACGAUAGCCGAACUAGAGGCCACAAACCAGAUGUUGAAGGAUGAACAUCAGGCUCUACAGAUGGCAUUUACGGCUUUAGAAGAAAAGUACCAAAAAGCCAUGGAAGACAACAAUGACCUUGUACAAAGGUGGAUGGAGCAGAAGGCAAAGGAUGCAGACAAAAUGAAUGCUGAGAAUGCAGAUUUCAUUAAAGCCAGACAGCAAAGAUUAGCACGAGAUCUUGAAGAGGCAGCCAAAGAACAAGUAACAGUUGAUACCAACAAGGGACCCUUAGAGGUGUAUAUACCAGUGUGUGUCUAUGCCUCUGUGCCAUCACGGGCUCAGAAUGUAUUUGAUGCCCAUGAAGGCGAGGUGUAUUCUGUUCAGUGGAGCUGUUCUGGUGGAUAUUUUGCUACAGGUGGUGCCGACAGGAAAAUCAAACUCUGGGAAGGCCAUGGAGGUCUCUGUGAGUCGAAAGGAACCUUAGUAGGAAGUAAUGCUGGAAUAACCUCCCUGGAUUUUAGUCAAGAUGACUUGAUGAUAGUUGGUGCUUCCAAUGACUUUGCUAGUAGAGUGUGGACAAUUAAUGAUCAGAGAUUACGUCACACACUGACAGGUCACAGUGGCAAAGUCAUGUCUGCCAAGUUCUUGACAGAAAGUAAAAUUGUUUCAGGGAGUCAUGACAGAACUCUCAAAGUAUGGGACUUAAACAGUAAAGCUUGUGUAAAGACAAUCUUUGCAGGCAGCAGCUGUAAUGACCUGGUCAGUUCUCAUGGCACCAGCAUUAUUAGUGGUCACUUUGACAAGCGGGUUAGGUUCUGGGACAUUCGGACAUCCGGAGACAGCAGCAUCAAUGAGAUUCUUCUAACAGGCAGACUGACAUCUUUAUGUUUAUCAACAGACAAAAGCCAGCUUUUAUGUUGUACCAGAGAUGACUGUUUGAAGAUUUUAGACCUGAGAAUGAAUCAGGUAUCCUGCACUUUAGUUUCAGAUGGUUUCAAGGUUGGCUGGGAUUCUGCCAGAGCUGUGUUCAGCCCAGAUGUUGAGUAUGUGGCUGCCGGCUCCAGUGAUGGGAAUCUGUAUGUGUGGAAUAUAGCUAAGAAUAAAGUAGAGAAAGUUCUCAAGGAACACAGCCAUGCCGUUCUUGCCUGCUCAUGGAAUCCUGCAGGCACUUCCAUUGUCAGUUGUGAGAAGGGCAGAAAAGUUGUCUUGUGGUCUGAUUACUGA